AUGACGAUGUUAGAUGAGCGUUACCGCCACUCAGACAAGGAACCCAUACACUUCCAAAUCCUCAAAGUACAAAGGUAUCAAGCACUUAAGUACUAUGGACUGCAACCACUGGUGGAUGCUCUAAUCAAAGGAUAUACGCAACCAGACAGUGGUGCACACAUUCAGAACAAGCAAGGGGGCCAGACAGAGAAGAAGAAGGGGGCACGUGAAGAGCGUGUAUGCCCCUACUGCCUGGUAUUGCCAUCCCCGCAUCGGUACAGUGAAUGUAACAAGAAGAAAGCGAAUCAAGCCAGGAAGGCUGAGGAGCGAGUCGAAAAGGAUGUACAGAUAGCAAGACUAUCCAUUACAUCUGGCAAGGUGGAAGUCAUCACAUAA